AUGGACCCGGAGGGCAUCCUGGCGCCGCCGCAGCCGGGCCACAUCUCGCGCCUCGAGUUCCGGCGCCGCCUCGACAGCGACGCCGACGCGCGCGCCGCCUUCGACCUCCAGGUCAAGGAGGAGCAGGAGCGCCGCCGCAAGGAGCGCGAGGCGCGGGUGAUACCUGAGACGGACGCCGGGCUGGUGGAGUUCUUCCUGGACACGGACGCGCGGGAGAUCGAGAUCGAGAUCGGCAGGCUCCGCCCCAGGCUCAACAAGGGCUUCUUCGACCACAUCCAGCGGGAGAUCGCGCAGAUCAAGUUCGCGGUCACCAGGACAGCGGCAAACAAAGACAGGCUGAUCGAGCUGGAAGCGAUGCAGAAGGUCAUCGGGGAGGGAGUCGAGGCCUACGACAAGCUGCAAAACGACCUCGUGACGGCCAAGGAGCGGCUCACCAACAUCCUGCAAUCCAAAGAUAGGAAGAAAACUCUGCUCGACAUGGUCGAACGGAACGAGCUCAACAUGUCCAUAUUGACGCUUCUUGACGAGAACAUAGCGAGCGCCAAGACGAGUAACCAGGAGGAGGCUGUGGCUUUCAUGGAGGAUGUGCGCUCAUCUAUGCUGAAAUACAUAACAGUAUAA